AUGCCACAAAGUUAUAUCUCUGAACUUCUUGUAAGCAGUAAACGAAAGCGCAUCUUGGAUGAUUUUGCGGAAACGACAUCUGCGCAUGGUUGCAUUCUGGCUAGUAAGUCACAGAAUGCUUUCAUGCGAAUUCUCUGGGUUACUGCAAUACUAUCAGCAUGGAUUAUUUGUACUUAUCAAAUAUGGAUAUCGAUUGAUAAGUAUUAUCAGUAUCAAACAGUUGUAUCAAUUCAAAUACGACACAUGACAAAUAGUAUUUUUCCUGCAGUCACCAUAUGUAAUUUAAAUCCGAUUCGUGCAAGCUGGUUGAAAACAUUUUUUUCACAAACAUCUAAUAAUGAAACUGAGAAAAGUGAUAAUUUUCAUAAAUUUACGGAACAACAAUGGAAAAAUUAUGAAGAACAACAUCGUUUGGCAGAACAUAUCACACCUGAAAUGCGCAUUAUUCACAAACAUCUUCGUCUCAUUUUUGAAAAAAAUAUAAAUUUAUCAGUAGCUGGACAUGAUAUCAAUCAUAUGUUAAUUGAUUGCACUUAUCAAUCAACCAAAUGUACUGCAAAGAAUUUCACCAGAUGGGAGCAUGGUAUAUAUGGUAAUUGUUUUACAUUUCAAGCAACAGGUCAACAAUAUCAAGGAUUUGUAGGACCAUUAUAUGGUUUAUCAUUAACACUAUAUGUUGCUGAUAAGGAAUAUCUUGUCAGACAUUCACAGGGUUCCGGUUUUAAAGUUGAAGUACAUCCUGCAGAAUACAUUCCAUUUCCGGAAGAUAAAGGUUUUACGAUAUCACCAGGUGUAAUGACAUCUGUCGGGAUUAAACAAAUAAGAGUUUCACGGAUGCCAUUACCAUAUGAUGGAACAGAUUGUGGUGAUCUCGGUAAUAACGUUGAACCUGAUGGACCAUGGUUUGUAUAUCAUACAGCAUUAAAAGCUAUAGGAUAUACUGGUCUAAUAAAUUAUACAACACAAGCCUGCAUGAAAUCAUGUUAUCAAAAACGUUUAAUUCAGGACUGUCAUUGUGUUGAUCCUAGUUUUGUCACUCAUGAUGAUAUUCGUACAUUUUAUGGUAUAAACAACAAUCAACCAAUAAUUGCAUGUGAUAUUACACUUCAAAUGCAAUUUGAUUGUGUUAGAAAGUCACUGGAAAAUUCAACAAACAGUGGCGUUUGCGAGAAACAAUGCCCACAACCAUGUCACGAACAAGGAUACGUAUCACGUGUAACCACAUCAUUGUGGCCACGUACAAGCUAUUAUAAUCGUGUCAAAGAUCUUUGGGAACGACAGUUUCCAUCUAUGGAAACAAUGCAUGAAGCACGAGAAGCUAGAACAAAUUUAGCAAAACUUGAAGUCUACUAUGAAGAAUUAAAUUAUGAGUCAAUAGUCGAGUCACCAUCACAGGAUGUCUGGGAUCUGUUAUCAAACAUUGGUGGCACUUUGGGUCUCUAUGUUGGUAUGUCUUUCCUGACACUUGGUGAAUUUGCUGAACUAUUCUUCAGAUGCAUUGCAGUUCCACAUAAAACAGUUUGGAGCAGCUAA